GGAGGGGAACUACAGCUCCCAGCAUGCCUUUCUUCCGAGAAGUAUCCUGUGUGAGGCCGCAGUUCCCAGCAUGCUCCACAAUGGAGAGCGGGGGAAAGACUACACUUCCCAGUGUACCCUGGGAGUCAGAGUCAAAAGUGGGGCAAAAUGGCUCCCGUGGAGCACGUCGUGGCUGAUGCUGGAGCUUUCCUGCGUGGAGCCCCGCUUCAGGACAUUGGCAAGAACAUCUACACAAUCCGAGAGGUGGUGACUGAGAUCCGAGACAAGGAGACCCGCAGGCGGCUGGCGGUGCUGCCCUAUGAGCUCCACUUCAAGCAGCCUUUUCCUGAAUAUGUAAGGCUUGUGACGGAGUUUUCCAAGAAGACCGGUGACUACCCCAGUCUUUCAGCCACAGACAUCCAAGUCCUGGCCUUGACCUACCAGCUGGAAGCAGAAAAUGUUGGUGUGGCUCACUUGAAGAAAGAGCCAGAGCAGAAGGUGAAACUCAGCUCAACAAAGCAGCACCCUGAGACACCUGUUCAUGUUGCUGGCUUCCAUCUCCCUUCCAAGACCAAGUGCCCAGGGGGUGAGAAGAGUCCUUCCGUGGUGGGAAGCAGAAACUCUGCAGACUCCACAGGCCCUGAAACAUCUGAGUUUGGUUCCUUCCUGUUCUGGAGGAACCCUCUACCCAGCAUUGAGGAGGACCUACAGGACUUGCUGAAAGUGGAUGCUGUUGUUAUUGUGCCGGAGGACCCCAAAGACAACAAGAGUAGUGAGGAGGAGGAGGAGCAGAGUGGAGAAGACAGCAAUGAUGAGGAAGGCUGGAUCACGCCCAGCAACAUCAAGCAGAUCCAACAGGGCAUGGACCAGGCUGAUGAACCAGCUGGUGUGCAGGUUGGCUGUGUCACCACCGACUUUGCCAUGCAGAACAUUCUGCUGCAGAUGGGCCUGCAUGUGCUGGCAGUCAAUGGCAUGCUGAUCCGGCACACCCGGAGCUACGUCCUGCGCUGCCAUGGCUGCUUCAAGUAUGUGAUGAGUUGGUGGCUGAGCUGCAAUCCCUGGCAUAUGGGCAACAGCUGGGCCUGUGUCCAGCCAUAUUCAGGAGGUGCCCCCUGGGCUUGGGCAAUGGGCUGCUGCCAAGGUUGUCAAGCUGCUGACCUGGCUUCUCUGCUUUCCUCCAGAACCACAUCAGAAAUGACCCGGCUCUUCUGCCCCCACUGUGGGAACAAGACGCUUAAGAAGGUGGCGGUGAGCGUGGAUGAUGAUGGCAGCAUCCACAUGCAUUUUUCCCGGAAUCCCAAGGUCUUGAACCCCCGUGGCCUCCGGUACUCUCUCCCAGCUCCUCAAGGUGGGAAGCACGCAAACAAUCCCCACCUGACAGAGGACCAGCACUUCCCCCAGCAACGGCUCUCCCGCAAGGCCAGGCAGAAGACAAACGUCUUUGACCCCGAUUAUAUUGCAGGAAUUUCUCCAUUUGCGGAAAACGACAUCUACAGCCGGGCAGCCAAUCUACAGAUCCGGGAUACGGCGCUGGGUGCAGGCAGGAGGCGUCUGAACCCCAACACAGCCUCCAAAAAGUUUGUGAAAAAGAGAUGAGGUGGGGAGAGAUGCAACCACCCACCUGUCCCACUUGUCAAUGAAGGGAGGACAAGUCUUGUUUCCUACAGCUUGUGUGAAGGCAGGACUUUGCCCCUUGGCUCUGCUUCCUGACUGCUUCCAAGGCAACAGACACUAGUGUGAAUAAAGGGGAAGCAGCAGGAAGGUGGGAGGCAGACUGCCAAGUGAUCUGGAAAGUGAGAGUGGCCCUCGUGUGGCAGAAUCCAAGUGCUGCGCUUAGGUCUUGGGUGCAUUCUAAUGCAAAGGACUCAGCAGCGGUGGCUGCGUGUUUUGUUUUGGGAUUUUUUAAAUAAACCAGGGUGUUUGCACA